AUGUCCCUUCUCAUGGCCACCGACUUGAGCGCCACCAUCGGCCUCGAGUGUCGCCUUCUCGGUGUAGCCGCCUCUUACGCCCGUCCCUGGGCUUCGCAGUGGCCGGCCGGCGAUCUCGAGGUUGGCUUCUCGUCACCAGCAUACGCCGACGCGCAACAUCGCCCCGAAGAGCAGUUCACGACGUUCGAAGACCAGUCUCGGCGUUGGGUACAUCUGUCCGUGUUCCCGAACGCCGAUAUCGCUGGAUCGAUCGCAUGGAUGUCCGGUUCGGCGAUGGCGCGCCAAGGGUUAUUGCUCCGAAGUGGAUCAGUCGCCGCUGCCACGUCGGGCUGA